AUGCCUGAACAGAUUCCCAUUGGUCUGUACACGCAUAUCAACUUCGCGUUUGGUACUAUCAACCCCUUCACUUAUGUGGUUGAAGCCAAUGACGAAGAAGGCAAGCUCAUGUAUGAGCGGCUGAUUGCAUUGAAGAGGAGAGACAGGAAUCUCAAGAUUUUUCUUGCCAUUGGCGGUUGGACAUUCAAUGAUCCUGGACGUACACACAAGGUCUUUUCGAACCUGGUUAACUCGGAAGGAAACCAACAGAAGUUUCUUGUCUCACUAAUGUCUUUCAUGGCACUCCACAAGUUUGAUGGAUUAGACUUGGACUGGGAAUACCCGGUUGACAAGGAUCGUGGCGGCAUGGAAUCGGACUAUGAGAAUUUCCCCAAAUUUAUGUCCAAUUUGAAGGACCUGAUGGAGGAUGGUGAUAGAGGCUUGACUAUCACUCUUCCUGCAUCCUACUGGUACCUACAGUACUUUGAUAUCAAGAAACUGGAACGCACAGUUGACUUCUUCAACAUCAUGUCCUACGACUUGCACGGCGUUUGGGACCAGCACGCCAACUGGACAAAGCCCUAUCUCAACGCUCACACCAACCUCACUGAGAUCGAUUCUGCACUGGAUCUUUUUUGGCGCAACGACAUCGACCCGGACAAGAUUGUCAUGGGCCUCGGCUUUUACGGUCGUGCAUUUAUGGCUAAAAUAGCGAGCUGUGUUGAGCCAGGUUGUCAGUUUAACGGUCCAGCCAACGCGGGAAAAUGCAGCGCAGAGAAGGGUAUCUUGCUCAACUCGGAGAUUGAAGGUGUGAUCAAAGACUGGGACUUGACACCUAAGCUCUACAAAGAAGAAGCUGUUAAGUUGAUUACAUGGGGAAGAGAGUGGGCGUCAUAUGAUGAUGCUGAGACGCUCAAACUCAAGGUGAACCGUGCGGAAGAACGAUGCCUGGGCGGUGUCAUGGUCUGGGCCAUCACUCACGACACGAGAGAUGCCAAGUAUAACCUCGCCUUGGCCGACGUGCUCGGCCGCAACACUACAAAGGGUUCUUUGGAUCAAACUGAGGAUGCGGGCAAGUGGGUCAAGACGCCGUACGAACAAUGUCGCUGGGCCAACUGCAGAGAAGGAUGUCCCAAGGGCUGGAAGACUGUUCCUCGCAGUGAUUCUGGGGCACGAAAGGGCGAGCAAAUGUUUGACGAGACGGGCUGCGGUGGUGACGGCGGGCACCUUUUCUGCUGCCCUGCAGACGAGGACACCCCCGUGUGUGGAUUUUACGGCCAUAGUGGUGGAGAUUGCCAGAAGGUGACAAGUUGUCCGAGCGGCAUGGUCGAGGUCGGGUCUAACUCGAUGUACUGCAAGCACAGGCCCGACCGACCAUACGUUCAGACAGCUUGUUGUGAGACCAAGAGCUAG